CUGCUGCUGCUGCUGCGGAUACAAGGGCAGCAGGGCUGGGUAGGGUCUGGCCUGAGUGCGCAGUGGAUGCUGAGAGGAGGAGAAAAAACAUUGUUAUCGUUAUGGGUAUCUUAUUGAGAUGCAACUGCCACACGUUGAUGGAUGCAUGCGUUAUCAUCAAGCCAAACCCCUCCGUGCACUGUGAUAGAAGUCUAAUGAGGCCAAUAAGAAGCUUUUACUAUUUUGCAGCAUCUCUAGCGUAGACAAAUUGUUGCACCAAAUGCAACGUUUUCUCAGAUCAGUUUCGUCGGCCCUCAUCUGUCGGUGAAGAUUGCCAAUCACCCUCAAUCAUCAGUAAUCCUGCAGGGAAGCACAAUGCUGACCAGUAUCACUGAAGGGAUACUGUGCUGCCUGACUGGGAAGGCUGCCAGUCUGGUCUUGCCCCUGGAGUCGUCAGAACCCUCUGAUGGUUUUGAGUUUGUGGAGGUGAAACCUGGGAGGGUUCUGCGAGUUCGGCACAUCGUCCCAGAGCGCCAACCCGUAGUGACGGAAGAGCAAGUUGGAGAAAAAGAGAAGACGGAUGUCGAUGAUGAUGAUUGUUCUCUUGAGGAUCAUAACGAGAGCAGUACGGGCAGCAGUGUCCACUGCAAGAGGAAGAUCACAGUCUACCGCAACGGACAGCUGGUGAUUGAGAACCUUGGUGAUGUUUUGCACUCUGAGAUUCUGCAGUGUCAGGAUGGAGAUCUGGAGCCUUGCAGCACUGUAGAAGUGGAGCUGGCUGACUACAAAGAAAUGCCCUCUUCUCCAGACCCCAACCCUGCUCCUCCACCAGUUCCUCCACCCCUUGGGGAACAGAAACCUGCUCCACCACCUCGCCGCCGCCGUCGUAAGCCCAAGCGCACUGUGCAAAUCGACUCCAGGAGGGUUAUCUCGAGCUGCAAGGGGACGCACUCGGAUGUAGCGCUGUUCUUCGUGCAUGGUGUUGGAGGUUCUCUGGACAUUUGGGGCAGCCAGCUGGACUUCUUUUCUCGGCUGGGUUACGAGGUCAUCGCGCCUGACCUGGCGGGCCAUGGAGCCAGCACUGCUCCUCAGAUUGCAGCAGCUUAUACUUUUUACGCCCUUGCAGAGGACCUUCGUGCAAUCUUUAAGAGAUAUGCCCGUAAACGAAACAUUCUCAUCGGCCAUUCAUAUGGUGUGUCAUUUUGCACCUUUCUGGCCCACGAAUAUCCUGAUCUGGUCCACAAGGUGGUAAUGAUCAAUGGAGGGGGUCCCACAGCUCUGGAGCCCAGCCUUUGUUCCAUCUUCCAGUUGCCAUCUUGUGUCCUGCACUGUCUGUCACCUUGCCUGGCCUGGAGCUUCCUCAAAGCUGGAUUUGCCCGUCAGGGUGCCAAAGAAAAGCAGCUGUUGAAGCAGGGCAAUGCCUUCAAUGUGUCUCCGUUUGUCCUUCGAGCCAUGAUGAGCGGUCAGUACUGGCCUGAAGGGGACGAGGUCUACCAUGCCGAGCUCACUGUGCCCAUCCUUCUGGUUCAUGGCAUGUGUGACAAGUUUGUGCCCAUGGAUGAGGACCAGCGCAUGGCAGAGAUCCUUUUGUUUGCAUUCCUAAAAGUCAUUGAGGAGGGAAGUCACAUGGUCAUGAUGGAGUGCCCCGACACGGUCAACACCCUCCUCCACGAGUUUUUUCUAUGGGAGCCUGACAUGUCCAGAAAAGACAGCAGCAAGACAGACACAGCUCUCAGUGACACUUUCCACACACUGAAAAUCAAUAAGCCUGUGGACAAAUAACCAAGGAGGACUUUAGUUUUAUUAUGGAACCAAGGAGAAGGCCUUUUUCGGCAUGUGUUCUUUAAGGCUGCUCCCAGGCUGAGAGCUGUUAUUAAUAGGGCCACAUCUUAAGGAUGCAGACGGCCAGUGGUGCUCCAAGAUAAAGCAGGACUUAGGCCUGGUGCCGACCUGAGGACGAUGGAUUGGACAUAAAGAUGAGAGGAUGAGAGGAGUGGAUGAAAAUACACAGUCAGUGUGUGCUUCGCUUUUUGAUACCAGUUUGUGCUCCAUCGCGUCACGUUUGCAAAACGACACAACACCUGGAGGAUUUUUGUCCAUUCGCGAUUUGUGUAUGAAAUGUAUCGGGCGAAGAACCAACUACAACAAGAUGCAAAACACAUAAAAUCCAUGAAAUGGUGUGUGAAUUGCCUCAAUUAUAUCUGAAAUAUUCCGUACAGAACUGCAGAGCUUCUGUUCUGGUUUUACAAAAUGGUUAUUUACUUAACGUUGGGCCCAUCUGACAUCUGCUUUCAGCGGGAAACAAGCAGAAUGAUAUAAACUGAGUAAUUGCAGAUCUGUUUGCCAGAAUGAUGGUGAAGGAUGGUUUAUUAUACUGAAGUGGACUGGAUACUAGUAGAACAUGGGUUAAAGACAUUAAGUAAAUAGUAAUGUACACGCAAAAUGUAAUUAAUAACUGCACAACAUGCAUACAUAAACUUCAUAAUGAAAGAAGGAGAAACUGAAAAGUAUUUUCACCUUCAAUCCAGCCACCUAUUACUGUAACCACAUCCUUACAAUGUGCAGUUUACACCAUCUCUAACAUGAAGACUCACAGUCACAGCUUUUAUCAUUAAAAUUGGCUCAUCCAUUUCAAAAUUACAGAAAUGUAUUUUCCAUAUAUUGAACUGUAAUAUCAAAUCUAAAUCCAAAAAGCUAUGUGUGUCUAUGUCAAGCACAAUGUAACCAAUACAUCAGUUCAUAGUUGCAUGAAAAUUAAUAUUCAAUGAGAGAUUUCUGUGAACAGAUGUAAACAAACAUGGAUGCCAAAAGGUUCUCCGCCUUUAUUCUAGCAGCCAUUUUUUCUGCAGUAGUAUACGUAUAAUAUCCUAAGGAUACAAACUACCAAGGCCCUGCAUGAGUUCAGAAUAUGAAAAGGUAUGAGAGUUGUGUCAGACAAUAUGUUCUUAUAUUGAAAAAUCCCCUGUGCACUUCUCUUUAAACGAAUGAGUGUUCUUUUUAACGUGCAAGUAUUAUUUUUGCCUUUAUUUUGAAAUAACAGCAACUGCCAUAACAAACUGUGGUUGUAUUGACCGCUUUAAGCUGCUGAGUGUGAUCCUUUACUACUCUCCAGUCCAUCCUAUUUAUCUAAUAGUGUCAGACCGAAAGAAUGAACUCAAUAUUAAGGUCACUGAAAGACAUUCAUUCAUGGGUGCUGCUUUGUCUCACACUGGGACAGUAAGGUGCGGGUAAAAGCACAGUCUAAUAUGCUCCGUGACAGUGCGUAUCUGUUGACUGGAUACUGUUUUGAGAAGCUUGAGGUGUAAACUAGUGGAUUUGAGACUGGGUGUCCAAAAUCAAAUCUGAGUCGGUCAAAGGAGGGACAUUUGUACUGACCAUGCUGGUCUGUUAUAUAUGCAUUUUGACAGGAUGCUGAUGCAACAUGGCUGGUCUUAUGCAACUGGAACAAAAUGGAGAAAAAUAGAGUGGGAAUAAACUGACUUGGCACUGACAUCUCAAAAAUCUUAUAUAUUCCCUAUGGACUUUCCAAAAACCAACAAGUGCUGCUGAUGCAAUGUACUGUAUUGUCUCCUUUGGUGUAAAAGGUCAGUAAAACUGUAUGGACUACAGGGUGCACAUGUACUUCCUCUUAUGCUAAAAGUGUGCAUAUACAAAUUGUCAGUGCUCAUAUGUGCUAUAUCUUUUUGUGGUUAACAAAAUGUGUUAAUGUUAUUGUUGCAUUUAUCCAUGGAAAUCAUAAUAUAUGCACUGCCUGAAUGUAGAUGCAUAUAACAUUAUAUAGCCUAUCGAAACUGUUGGAUUCAGUGUAUGAAUGUGCCUUUCCUGGCAUGAAAUAAAAACCAAU